GCAGAACCACUUCACUUGAGCAACCAAAUCUUCCCGAACUUCCGAGGCUAAGCUCCUUGUUGGACUGUCAAUCGAUCAUCAGAGGAAGAAGAUGUGUCUUAUCAAGGAGAUGAGCGGGGAGUCGGGCUCGCCGUGCAGUGUGGACUACUACUCUCCCACGACGUCGUCGGAGCAGCUGCAGGGACGGAAACAGGCGGCGUGGACGAAACGGCCGGCGGGAAGGACAAAGUUCAGGGAGACGCGGCACCCGGUUUACCGCGGCGUGCGGCGCAGGGGCAAUGCCGGGCGGUGGGUGUGCGAGGUGCGCGUGCCGGGACGGCGCGGGAGCAGGCUCUGGGUCGGCACCUUCGACACUGCCGAGAUAGCCGCGCGCGCGCAUGACGCCGCCAUGCUCGCCCUGGCCGGCGCCGGGGCUGCGUGCCUCAACUUCGCCGACUCCGCCGAGCUGCUCGCCAUGCCGGCCUCUUACCACAGCCUCGAUGAGGUGCGCCACGCCGUCACCGAUGCCGUCGAGGACUUCCUGCGGCGGGAGGAGGACGCGCUGUCUGGCACGUCGUCGUCCACGCCCUCCUCCCCCCUCACCGAUGACGAGUCGUCUUCUUCACGGGCCGAAGAUGCGCUGUUCGAGCUGGAAGUCCUCAGUGAUAUGGGGUGGGACCUGUACUACUCGAGCUUGGCGCAGGGCAUGAUGCUCAUGGCGCCGCCUUCCGCGGCUGCUUCGCUCGCCGAUUACGGCGAGGCCAUCCUCGCCGAUGUGCCGCUCUGGAGCUACCAGAGCUAGCUAGUUCGCGCCACUUCGAAUUCUGCCUUCAUAUUUUUGUUGUCGUCUUGGCUUCCGAUGCCAAAUUUUGGUGCUGUACGGUCACUGUUAGUAGUUUCUGGUAGUGUGAUUGUGCAAAUUGAGGACAAGAGCAUUGCUUUUGACUGUUGACUUGCCACAAUCGGCGAUCUUUGCAUUGUAUAAAACGACCGGAGCUUUUUUUUU